UAAGGCGCUCUGUGAAUCGUCCUCGUCGGACCACACACCGGAUCCUGAUCCUGGCGAGAUGCCGCUAAUGGAGGCCUGGCGAGGCGGCGACGCCUGGCUGUGGCUGCGGCUCCGGCUGCACAAAUCAAACAUGGACUACACGUGUCUGUUCUGCUGCAGCCUGGCCUUUGUCUUGUAUCUGAACACCCUGAACGCUGGCUUCGUCUACGACGACAGACGCGCCAUUCUGGGCAACGCCGAUGUUUCGGGAGGCGCUCCUUGGCAGCGGAGCUUCUCGGAUGACUUCUGGGGAACACCGCUGACGGACAGCGGUUCCCACGGCUCCUGGCGACCUCUGUGCGUGCUUAGCUUCCGGCUGAACUAUCUGCUGGGCGGCGGCUAUGCGCCGUGGGGCUUCCAUCUGGUCAACAACCUACUCCACUGCGUAGCCACCGGGCUGGUGGUGCAGGUGGCGCGCACCCUCCUGGCCUCGGUGUGGGCGGUCCUGGCCACGGGCGCCCUCUUCGCCGCCCACCCCAUCCACACGGAGGCGGUGGCCGGGCUGGUGGGCAGGGCCGAUGUGGCAGCCUGCGUCUGCUACCUGCUCACGUACCUGAGCUACCUGCGCCACAUGCGAUGGCGCGAGUCCGGGGAUCCCCGCCAGUGGCUGGCCUUGGCCAGCGCCCUGCUCCUGGCCGUGGCGGGUCUGCUCUUCAAGGAGACGGCCAUCACAUCGCUGCUCGUCUGCGUCCUCUUCGAUAUGAUGCGCGGCCUGAGCGGUCAGGUGGACAAGCAACGCCUUCGAUCGGUUUGCAUCGUCCUGGGAGCUCUGGCGUGCGGCAUCUACGGUCGCCUGGUUAUCGUCCCGGGACCCCAGACGGCCUUCUCCACCGCGGACAACCCCAUCGCCCGCACCCCCUCCCUCUGGACGAGAUCUCUGACCUUCCUCUACCUGCCCGUCUUCAACUUGCGGCUUCUGCUGCAACCGCAGGUGCUGAGCUUCGAUUGGGGCAUGGACGCCUUUCCCCGGGUCACGACCUUGUGGGAUCGGCGGAACGCCCAGUCCGCCUGCUUCUACUCCGUACUGGUGGGCGUGGCGUGGCGCGGUUGCCGCCAACUGAUGACCCGGCCCAAAGAGGCGGCUGGAGCCGGGGCCGGGACAGCGGGAUCAGCUUCCUCCUUUCCGCAGUACCACAUCCAGAAGGUGGCCAGUCGCAAGUCCCGCUCCAAGCGCAAGCGGCUGGCCGACUCCAAGUACCAAGCCUUUGAGGCAGCCUAUCAUCACCAGGAUGCGCUUCCGUGCCGCGACUGCAACAAUAACAACAGCAGCAGCGGCUAUGUCUACGAGGGAAGCUCCUCCCACACCCAGAACCACGCCCAGGCCCACCACCUCGUGUCUUCCGCCUUCCGCGGCUCCCGCAGCAGCAGCAGCUGCAGCAACAGCACCAACAGCAGCACCUCCAGCGCCAGCUCCCACUCCAGCUCCAACUCCAGCGCUAGCUCAUUGUCCGGUGGGGGUGGGGGCGGAUUCCCCUGCUCCUCGGACUACCAGCUGGAGAGCCUAUCGCCGGGGAAUCGGCACGCCAUCGUGCUCCUCAUGUCCUGCAGCUUCCUGGCACUGCCAUUCCUGCCCGCCAGCAAUCUCCUCUUCUACGUGGGCUUCGUGGUGGCCGAGCGUCUCCUGUACCUGCCCAGCGUCGGGUUCUGCCUGCUGGUGGGCUACGGCGUCUCCAGGCUGAUGGCCUGCUCCCAUAAGACGCGCUAUGCCCUGCUCCUCAGCUUCAGCGUCCUGUUGGCCGCCAUGAGCCUGAGAACCGUCAGACGGAAUGCGGACUGGCGGGACGAGGAGAGCCUGUACAGGAGUGCCAUUGCCAUAAAUCCGCCAAAGGCGCUGGGCAAUUUGGGAAGCGUGCUCAGCUCGCAGGGAAGGUACGAGGAGGCCAAGGCGGUCCUGCAGAAGGCCAUCCGGUACAGACCCAACAUGGCGGAUGUGCAUUUCAAUCUGGGCAUCCUGCACCAGAACCAGCAGGACUAUUCAGCAGCCGUCGAGUGCUUUCAGCGCGCCAUCAAAUUCCGGCCGAACCUGGCAGCGGCCUACCUCAAUCUGGGCAUAUCAUUCAUAGCCCUCGGCAAGCGGCAGCAGGCCAUCGAGAUCCUCCAGGCAGGAUCCAAGCUGGACGGAGCCACUGUCCGAGAUCGCGGGGCCCACGACCAGGCCAGGAGUUCUGUGUAUCUACAGUUGGGAGCGCUCUACGUGGAGCAGGGGAAGCUCCAGCGGGCCCUGGCCGUCUACCGGGAGGCGCUCUCUUCCCUGCCGGGAGUUCUCCAGCAGAGGGAAGUGCUGUACCAGCGAAUAGGGGAUGUCCUGGGACGCCUGCAUCAGUGGGACGAGGCCGAGCGCCACCACAGAGCAGCCCUCGAACUGCAGCCCAACCAGGUGGCGGCCCACCUCUCCUACGGCAUCACCUUGGCCAGAAAUAGCAGUCGUGCCUCGGAGGCCGAGAUGUGGUUCAAGCGGGCUCUGCAACUGGCGCCCGAGCAAGCCAGUGUUUAUCAUCAUUAUGCUGAAUUUCUAUCCCUACAGUCGCGCCACCACGAGUCCGCCAUCUAUCACCGCAGAGCCGCAGAAUUGGCGCCCCAGGACUACGCUCUGGUUGUGGCAGCUGCCACGGCAAUGCGGCUGCUGGACAGGAAAGUGGAAGCUGAAAUGUGGUAUCGAAAGGCUGUGGCUUUGCGGCCGGACGACGCCCACGCCCACACCAAUCUGGGGGCCAUACUGCACCUGCUGGGACGCACCAACCAUGCGGCGGCCAGUUACAAGGCGGCCCUGAGGCUCCAGCCCGGAGACGCCAUCACGCUCGGCAACCUGGCCAAGCUCGGAGUAACGAACGUCUAGCGAAUCAAACGAUAAAGUUCAUUAGCCGCAGGGCAGAGCACUCAAAUAGAUAUUUUUGUAUUGGAAGCUGGAAACGAGGAGCGAGGAGCGAUGAGCGGGAAUGCGUUAGAUAACUCUAAAGAAUUUAUACAAAGGACUUGGAAACAUAUGUAUAUCAUUUAUUGUAGCUGGCAGCCGUGUAAAUAACCAAGCAGCGACCAAGGGAUGUCAAGCAGAGUAGUUAGAGAAUCGGAAGAGGAGGCUAGGUUCGAGCUAUAGAUACAGAUACACUGUAGCAGAUACAGAUAAAGUAUAUAGUUGGUGGAAGAGCCACAGAGAGAACAAUAAUUAAAAUAUCUAGCUGGUAAGGAACGAGUUGCUGUACAGCUAGAGGAUCGACGGAGUGGUUACUACCCGUACCCAUACCCGCAAUGUGCUUAAAUAUCUAUGUAAAUUAUUGUAAAUACAAAACACCCACGCCACAAGCGGAGGGGUCUUACUAUUGACUAUAUAUAUACGAAUUAUGACUUGGCUUCUCGAGAUUGCUUUGUCCGUUGCGUGUACAUUUUAGUUAAGCAAAUAAUGAUACCAAUAAAGGGAUGUACGAACUGUGUAAAGAUAUGGCAAGGAGAGAAUAUAUCUUAACCAAAUUGAAGAAA